AUGGGCCGGAAGAAGGCGGUGUCUAACGGCAGAAGCGGCCGCUCGGGGCGGAUCGCGAAACAAUCAUUUACUCCUACCGAUGUAGGUGCACACCCGAAAAAGGCGAUGACUAGCCCGGUGAAACGAGCUCCGAAGAAAGCUGCUCCCCGGGGAAAGUGGAGCGAGGCAACGCUAUUGACCAGCGAGAAGUCGGUAUUAGUUCACGCGGAUCUGGUGAAACUACUCGCCAGUCCCGAAGCUUGGAAUUGUCUAGAUGAAACCGACAAACAAGAGAUCCUAGCUCUUCUCCCCGCAGAUAUCCACCCCGAAACCGAGCUCCAGCCAGACAGCCAAGAACAAAAGAUACUCCCCAUACCCGCAUCAUUCUUGCGCUACUCGAAUAACUGGCGCGAUGGUCUUCGUCAAUUCCAGCUCGACCUUGAGAAUGGUCGCUACGAUCCCGAAUGGUUGCGACAAGCGGAGAAAGCUCGCAAACAGCGGGAAAGUGGUGAUUUCGACACCUUUAAAGAGCGGGAGUUUGAACAGUUCUGGGGCCAGAAGCAGAAUUUCAACAAGAGGCUUCCCGCUGGUGACAGUGCGAAAAUCAAAUUGAGCGAGCUUGUUGAACAUGGUGUGAUUCAGCUCGGUGAUGUCUGGAGGUUUCGUUUUGGGUUUGGGAAGGGCGAAAAUAACAUUAAGAUUGAUAAGGAAGUCAGGAUCGACCGCAUCGAGGGCUCAAAAUUGUCAUUUACGAUUCCUACUGGGAGACGAACUUUCCUCUCCAAGGUUCUUGCAGAUGCCGCAAAGGUCUCACCGGGCACCGAAAAACCGACCAUCGGCCACAGCAUCAAACAGGAGCUUCCCACUCCAAGUCCAGCGGAAAUUCGAGAGAGUGAUGCAGAGGGACCUGCUGAAAAUCUACCAAGCUUAUCCAAGGGCCCCGCAGUUACUGAUUCCACUGCGGAAGAGGUGGACGACACCGUGGAUGUAAUCUUGCCACAAGAAGCAAACACAACAGCCACCACAGCCGAUGCUUCACUCGAAAAUGAUCAGGAGACCGGCGCUUUUCAAGUCAUCAUCGUGAACCAGAAUGAUAGUCCCAAACCCGCCAACGAAAGUCUCAAACGCCCGACACCCCAACCGGAAUCUGAACCUCCAGCAAAGCGCAAGCGAGGUAGACCUCGCAAGAUCCAGUCUGUCCCUGAACUCGGGACAGAGACAGUACCGGAUCCGGUUGAACAGGAAGUUACCAGUCCCAAAGUCGACACACCGGCCAACCCAGGCAUAUCUGUGGAAAUAGUCAAAUCUCCAUAUUAUUCGUCAAACUCUGCAUCAUCAGAAGCAAUGCGAUCAAACACACAAACGAAGGACCCUGAACAAAGUACAGAAACUUCAUCACCUACAGAUAUCGAGAUGCGGGAUUCAGACGGGCCAUCUAUUCAGACCAGCCUUCCACCCGUAGGAUCAUUCACGGACCCUGUACUACCGGAAAAAUCCGUGGAAAUCCCAGUACAAGCCGGAGAGUUGAACCAAAGCGAAAAGACCACGACCAACACAAACUCAUACGAAACCGAAAGAAUCGAAGACCAAGAGGAGCCCGCAUCAUCUCCACUUUCCCCAGCCAGAUCAAUGACAAACCCACCGUCCACUCAACCCCAAGAAGAACCAAAACAACCCACUGAUGAAGCAGAGCAACAAUCACAGCCCGGGGCCGAGUCCAAUGAAGCAGCACAACAACCGGAACCGGAACAGCUCGAAGUAACGAUCACAAUUCCAAACAUCAAAACCCCAAGCCCUGUCAUCACCCACAUCUUAAAGCUGGACGGGCGAAAACCUGAUGGCAGAACUGGAAAUUCCUGGAAGGAAUUCCGUUGUUACCGGAAUAAUCAGGAUAUUGGGAGUCUUUGGGAGUUAAGAGAGGCGUGGUAUUUGAAGCAGAAAUGA